AUGGCAGCGAUUUCACCGACUGCUUGCAUAUCUCAGCGAGUUAAUUCAAAUCGAGAAAUCCCAAUUCAAGUGUGGUUCACUAGAGAAGAACUCGAUCAGCCUUAUGAUGUCACUUUAGUCGUCAGAGAUGGCGACUUCAAAGCUCACCGAAAAGUCCUCUCAGAGGCGAGUCCUUUCUUUGAAAAGCUGCUGAACAGCGACAUGAAGGAGUCCAAAGAAGGAGUGGUUCGCUUGGAGAUCUUCACCGCCUCUGCUAUGAGAAACACAUUGGAGUUUAUUUACACCGGUAAUGUACAGAUACUGGAUGAAGAUGAUGCUAGAGACUUGAUUGUGAUAGCAGAUUACUUGUUGCUCCAGAACCUAAAGACCCCGGCAACGCAAGCCUUGAUUAAGAAAUUGAACACUUCAAAUUGUAUUUCAAUUUUCCACUUGGCUGAUGAAUAUCACUGCGACGAACUUUUACGCAAGACCAAAAUGUUUGUCCUUGCAAAUUUCAGUGCAUUAUUCUCUGCAAAGCGUCAAGAUGUUUUGAAAAUGACCAAAGAGGAACUUGCAAUUUUUAUUUCAAGCGAUGAGCUACAUGUUAGCGCCGAGGAAGACGUGUUAAGUAUCAUUCUAGCCUGGAUUAAUCACGACAAAAACAAUCGAAGAAGUCAUUUUCCCGAGCUAUUUCGUCAAGUUCGACUGGUUUACAUAUCGCGUGACUUUCUCUGUAAUGAUGUCGUGACAAAUGAGUUGGUUAAAAACAAUGAAGACUGUCUGGAACUUGCGAAAGGAGCUAUUGAAUUAAUCGACUCUAACAGUGUUGAUGAACUUGAUAAUCUUGAUCGCAAACCGAGAAAGUGUUUAGAGUACUCUGCAAUUGUCGCCUACACAACGGAAGGAAAAUUCCUUUUUUAUUUUCCACGCGAGGAUAAGUGGUAUAAAAAGGAACCAAUAUAUUUGCAAAGUGACGACGGUAUUUUCUUUUGUCGCGAUAAAAUGUACUGUACAAGGCGUGAGCUAUCAAAUAGAAGUUAUAAUUGGGGACUUCGCAUCUUAUGUUUUAAUCCACACUCUUAUAGAUGGAAGUCUUUACAAUCAUUUGAUAACAACACACUUUUGAAGAAACUCUUCGUUUACAAUGAUGAAAUGUAUGCUUUGUUCUUAUUUCAUAAGUGGCGGUCUGUCCCCGACGCCCUCUGGUCUGGUGGAUGUCGUUUUGAAAAGGAAAGCGGCAACAUCAUCUCAAAGUACAAAGUAGAUUCCAAUUCAUGGGAGGACGUAUUGUUAAUAGAGGGUCUGGCUUAUAGGAGACAUUAUUGCGUUGUGCCCAGCGAAAACUUCGUUUACUUCAUUGGCGGUACGGAAAUAUCUGGAGGAAGGCUCUUACGUGAUGUUUAUAGGUACGAUCUUUGCAGAAAAAAAUGGGAUAAACUAGCAGACAUUCAGGCAGCAAGACAGAACCAGCUUUGGGGAGCAGCGGCGAACGGAAAAAUAUAUAUUGCUGGAUGGACUAAAAAUGAAAUGAAACCAGGCCAAGAUGAACUCCUGUGUGAAGUGUACAAUGAAACAACAAAUGAAUGGCAGUUUAUAAGAAGCUUUAGCGUGGAGCGAGAGGUAUUUUUAGGUUUGAUUGCCGUAGAUGGCGAGGUAUAUGUUGUGGGCUAUGAUCGAUCAAGCGUGACGGAACUGUUAAGAGUCCAAUGUUACGACCCCGAAAGCGAUGAAUGGAAGCUGAAAACUGAAAUUUCAAUUACAUGGCAUGAAAGAGCUCAGCGACAGUUUAAAAUUUGCGACACAAUGAAAGUGUUUCAGGGGUCUCUAAGUUCCUCACAAUUUACACCGUGUUUAACGCAGGAUUCAUCACAGACCAGACAAACUCAUCACAGAAGAGACAAACGAAAGUGCUCAAUCGUGUGACAUAAACCCUACCUUCUUUAGAAUUUUCAUCAAUUGUCGGUAUAGAUUGGCAAAUAUUAUUUUUCUGAUCUUUGAAAAGAUUUUUUUUUUAUUUAUUUGCUAUUGCCAUAUUACAAUUGUGUAAAGACAAUUAAAUGUUACAUUCCUCGUCAGGGGAAAUUUUGAUAAGGUUUGAUUUUGCAUAGCUACCGAACGAUCCUGUGGAGAAAAACUCAAGAAAGUUGGUCUAAGUUUAUGUUGUGGCUUACUUCAUAAACUGAGGUUUAUCUACACUUUUUCCGCUUCGAAGAUGAUUAUUUUCAUGUAGUCUUUGACUUACAUAGUUUCUUAAGAGUCGCAAUGGUACUUGCGUGGUUUCAAGACAUAUUGACUCAACUUAAAAUGAAAGUCACUGACUUUGCCACAGUUGGAUGAUCUGGUUUUGCACGAGUCAAUAAGAAAGUACCAGAUCUCUUAAUGGUGAUAUGCUUAUGUAUCUAUAAUAAACAGUGUCAAAAGGGCAGGCUAAUGAGAAGUUGAGGUCAAAAUUAAACUAUUGGCCUGUCUGCCACACAUCAAUUCAAUGACAUGUGCGUCAUGUUCACGAGGGUCAUAAUUAUUAUUCCUCGUCUGGGAGAAGGGUGGGAUUGAAGGAUUUUAGUUGUGUCACGAAAACAUUUACCUAGUCCCCCCCUAAGGUGCUGUAAUAUUCUUACAAUUCUCCCCCCCUCUCAUUUUCAGUUAAUUUUUUAAUUCUCCCCCCUUCUCCCUUCCCCCAUGGAAACCAUGUGAUUUAUUCCCUCCCCCCCCACCCAGGCCAGUCAAAAGCUGUGAUUUUAUCAUGAUUGACUUUCUGAGAACUCGUUUUGAGAUCCAACUCUUUAUUUCAUCCUGGCUGUAUUUUACGUUAGGAAGUGUAAGUAACAUAAAAGAUGAACGCAGACUUAACCUCGAUUGAUGGUUAAAUUUGAAUUUCCAUGACUUGUUGUUUCGUGGCAAGUUCAUUGCUGAGUCAUGACAGCGAAACAUGAAAAUAUAACAAAAUUUCUACCGUAACGGAGUGAACGGUAUUGCAGUGGUCGAAAGAAAAAACUAAAUACAAUUAACAUGAAGUGCAUGUGUAUUGGCACUAUUUCGGACCAUUUUGACUUUUUGUUUUUGAGGAGGAAAUCAAAAUGAUCCAGAGAAAUUUUCAUCCUUCAAAUGGCCGAGAAAGAAUUUAUCACAAAGUACAAGGCAACCGGGAAAUAAAAACAAAGUCCAAUUUAGUAUUUGAUCUUGAGAGAGGAAAUAUGUAUUGUGGCACAAGUCAACUUGUUUUAUUUUUUUCAAGCGUUGAAGAACAUAAAUGCAGUGUUUAAAAAGAGGGUUGACUUAGCUGAGUGAUGUUUAGAAGCAACUACCGGUCUUGCAAACUCAGCUGCAGGUCAAAAUUUAAUUCAUGUUUUAAAAUGGAGACGAAAUUCAAAUUCAAACCUGGAGACUACAAAACCUUUCUGUAGAAAUAUUUAGAAGCCACUAAGAAGUUAGAAAGAAAAAAGCGGGGAAGGAGAGGGGACCAAGGGUGGUAAAAAUGUUCAAUGCGCCUGUCCCUCUUACUAUCAGAAUAAGUCCGACCCAAUUCAUUUGUUUCUAAUUGGAUGAAGAGUCGAGGCAAUAUUACUGGCGGUGAAAUUCAAAGUAAGUGCAAUUAUGAGUCAGCAUUGAGUCGCAGAACGAAAAACAAUUUAAUCAUCAAUUCCAAACAAAAAAUGGCAUCGAUCCCCCAUACUGUUCUAACAUCGCACAAAGUUGUUCCAACACAAGAAAUCUCUGGCAAAGUGUUCCUCUCAAACGAUGGACUCAAUCAGCCGUGCGAUGUUACUUUGGGAGUCAGAGAUGGCAAGUUCAAAGCUCAUAAAAAAGUUCUUUAAGAGGCGAGUUCUUUCUUUGAAAAGCUGUUGAACAGCGACAUGAACGAGUCCAAAGAAGGAGUAGUUCGCUUGGAGAUCUUCACCGACUCUCUUAUGAGAAACACAUUGGAGUUUAUUUACACCGGUAAUGUACAGAUACUGGAUGAAGAUGAUGCCAGAGACUUGGUUGUGAUAGCAGAUUAUUUGCUUCUACCGAAGUUAAAGAUUUUGGCAGCCUAA